CUCAUAAGUUCAGCAGUUAGAUGUGAGUUCAGUGGCAUUACAAUUCAAUCUUGUGAAGAACUUAGUUCGAUCUACUGUCCGUUCGGCUAAAUUCGAGUUUUUCGCUUUUCUAGCAACAGAAAAAAUAAGUGAAAGUGAGAGACAGACCGAAAAGUGUGGGGCGAGGAGAGAGGUAAGAAGGAGAAGAAGAUACUUCGGAGCAGAUAUGGCCCAAAUGGAGUACAAUCGACGUGAUCCACGCAUGGGAUUCGGCGGCGGGGAUGCCGACAACAGCCUGAUCCGGCGCCACCGCAACGAGCCGGCGCCGCAACUAUUUGAUCCUGAUUACGUGGUGGAAGAGGAGGUGGCCCAUCACGUCCAGCCCAGGGGGGGAGUGGUCGAGUAUCCGCCCGUCCAGUUGGUAGACAACGAGGAGCCGGAGCCGGAGCGUCCGGAGCGUGUGGAGCGACCCAGUCGCCCACGCCACCGUAGCCCGAGACGCGGGCGAUCUCCAUCUCCACGGGAACGGGUCUUGAUAUCCGUCCCCUGUGUGAUUCCGACGCCGAGGACCAAUCAGCGCCCGAUCCCCGGCUCCCAGAUGAUCAGCGAGACGCAGCCAGAUCCCUUGGAUCGGCAGGCGGGCGGUAGUCUCGAUCACAGCAGCAGCCUCGAACUGGAGCGCUGUGCCCCCCUGGAGAUCUUCCGAUUCGCACUCAGGCUGGGCUACAACGCCCUCCUCUACCCAUAUGAGUUCGCCAAGGUGCUCAUCCAGCUAGGCCACGAGCCCCUCCAGCCCAGGUCUUUUACUUGGGCGUUCGUCAGCCACCGACCACACCUCUAUCUGCCGGGUGUUCACCGGUAUGUACAGCACAUCCAUCAGGUGGACGGCUUUUACGGCCUCUACCGUGGACUGCCUGCUCGGCUGGUUUCCAGUGCGAUCGACUACAUGCUGGGGGACACCCUCUUGCACAUCUUCCGGCUGAAGCCGUACCGGCGCAGCGACCAGUCGUGCCGUUGUCCGCCUGGAAUGAAGGAGUUCCUCUACAACCUGUUCCGCGAUACUAUUCGCCUGGUGACUGCUGUGGCCCUGACACAGCCUUUUCACGUGAUCAUGAUCCGCCAGAUGGCCCAGUUCGUGGGCCGGGAGACGAUCUACGAGGGCCUCGCCGGCAGCCUCAUGACAAUGGUGCACAACGACGGGUGGCUCGGCCUGUACGCCGGCGUGGCGCCCCGCUUCCUCAGCGAGUGGCUCGUGCUUUUGGUGACCAGUUCGCUGAGCCACUUUUGCCGCCGCUUCAUACGGCUGACUCGCAUCCAGCACCAGUACAACGCCGUGCUCAUCCAGAUGGCCGCCAGCCUCCUCGUCUAUCCCCUGGAGGUCACCGGCUCCUGCAUGGCCUGCGCCGGGGCCCCCCUAGUGGCCUGCGAGCCUCCUCGGAUGCCGCUCUACAACCACUGGGCGGACUGCCUGUCCGACUUGUAUGCCAGAGGUGGGCACAACCGUGGGGCUCUGCUAUUCUGGCGCACAGUUCCUCGGAUUCAGAUGCAGCGCCACCAGCUGGAGCCGCCGCCGCGAGGUCUCCUGCGGGGGGGCUAGAGUCCUGGAGGAGCUGUUAUGUAUUUAAGGUGUGGUGAUUGCAGAUUGUGGAGCGUGUGCGUUAAAAUUUUGUUGAGUGGAGGAAGAAUGGUGUUGAACGAGUUUUAGAAAAGCAAAGACUAGAAGAUAGAAGACGAGAUUCAGAAUUCGGAGUAGCCUGACACAGAAGACUGAGGAAGGCAGCAUGAAUGAUAAGAUCAGCAUAGAUCAAGGGAGGAAAAGAUAACACGACCAUGGGUCGCGAUUUCAAAAUUUAAAAGUGUCUUAACAGAGUUGCAAACCGGACCAAAGGAUGUUUGAAAAACAUACGAACGGAUCAAGCUAGUGUUGUGAGCACUAUUCUAAGGAUGCAAGUCUCUAAGAAAUGAUGAGUCACAAGGAUACUAGCUCUGAGAACGUAGCACUCAUAGACGAAAAAAAAAGAACAGAAAAUACUUGACAUUGUUAAACUAUGAUUAUAGAAGUUAGUUAUGUUUUUAUAG